CUCAGUUUGUAGUACCAGAUCAAAUUAAUACUUGGACAUGAUCAAAUAUAAUGAUGUUCGUUUCUUAGUUCUAUGAACUUUUUAAAUAUUAAAGAAUAAGAAUCAACCUACACUUGGCGACCAAAUUUUAUUGAAUUUAGGAAGGAGGAUACAAAUCAACCAUCUGUAUUGACAUUUCAGGGAUUCUAACACAAGACCAUAUGAUAUAGAACUCUGAUAGUAUAUAAUGAAUCAGUUGGCUCUAAAUCUAAUAUGUAAAAACUAAAGGGAUCAAAUAUGAAUUUUAGCCUCACAAUAAUUAACUGGCAAUGCAUAUAAAGAUUCUUGUUAUAUUUGAAGCAUAUUAAGUUAUUAGAUCUAAGUUAGAAAACAUGAAAAGACAGUCCAACUGUAAAAUAGGGUUGGGAAAAUAGUCCAGACCGUUAGAAAAACUGUGAUCCAAACCGUACCGCACAGUUUGGUCUGGACCGUAGACCGUUAAGUAUGGUCUGGUCUGGUCCAUGGUCUGUAUUAUUUUAUGUUUUGAUCUCUUGGUCUGGUCUGGUCUAGGCCGCGGUUUACCGGACCAAACCGUGGACCCAACUGACUUGUCAAUACGUGUUAACAGCCCAUUCGACCACUCUCCCAACUCCCACAACGACACCCAAGUCUCAACCUUCGUUUUGUGAAUCUCGUCCCUCCUUCAUUCACAACCACAUUUAACCAGAGAGUAGAGAUAAUCGUGUCUCCAUAUGACAUUAUGUUAAUGCUUAUGACGUUAUGGUGCAAGUUGGGAUGCUUUUACUUUGUAUCUUUGUUAUAUACUAAGAUAUAGAGUAUCAAAAUUAUUCAUGCAUGUUAGGAUUAAUGAUUUAAGGCAAAUAACAAUUAUUUUUCCUGGUUAUUGGUUCAAUUUUUUGUGUGGUUGACUAAACAAAUUAUUUGUUUCUCAUUGAGUGUGGUCUACCAGACCAGACCGAACCAGGCCGCACAGGCGUGGUCUGGACCGGACCGGACCGUAUAGUCUAUGGUCUGGUCUGUGAUCUAUACUUUAGCCUCUCGGUCUGGACCAUAGACCGUAUAUAUGAUCUGGUCUGGACCAGACCGCACCGUUUCCCAGCCCUGUAGUGUUAUGGCAUUGCCUACCUAAUUACUACUUACUAGUCAUAAUAAUCCUACUUAAUUAAGCUCUAACUCUAAGGAUAAGAUAAAACAAAUGCACAGGUGAAGCACGUGACCUAGGUUAGUCAAAUCGCGUGGGCUUUUCAUGAAUUGAAAAACCCAAAACCACAGCAGGCCCGGGCCCAGGAGCAUAUUCCUUUGUCCGUCUAUUCGAUCUCUUCCGCAAUCAAUUUUCCCCACGAGUUGCCAGUCAGAUUCCGGUCUCCGUUGGACUCCCCAAUUCUUUCCUUCUUCUUCUACUACUUCUUCGUUCAGUCCAAUCCGGUUCCCCGAUCACCGGAGCUCAUUCAGCUGGACGACGUUCGGCGGAAAAACAUGCCGGUGGAGACCGACUCUAUCGACUACGUCAUGGAGAAGGCAUCCGGCCCUCACUUCUCUGGCCUCCGCAUCGACGGCCUCCUCUCUUCUCCACCUGCUUCAUCCACUUCCUCCCCAGCUCAUCGCUCCUCCUCCGCCGGGUCCGCGUUCGCCGAAGCCGCUGUGCCAACGCAGCCCUUCGUCAUCGGAGUUUGUGGAGGUACGGCUUCAGGGAAGACGACGGUGUGUGAUAUGAUUAUUCAACAGCUACACGAUCACCGUGUCGUGCUUGUGAAUCAGGAUUCGUUCUAUCGUGGGUUGACGCCUGACGAAUUACUACGUGUUCAUGAGUAUAACUUUGAUCAUCCAGAUGCUUUUGACACUGAGCAGCUUUUGGACUGCCUUGAAAAGCUUAAAAGUGGACUGCCUUAUCAAGUUCCUAUAUACGACUUCAAGAGCCAUCAACGUUGUUCCUCUAGCUUUAGACAGGUGAAUGCUUCUGAUGUGAUUAUUCUAGAGGGUAUCUUGGUGUUCCAUGAUCAACGUGUCCGCAACCUCAUGAAUAUGAAGAUCUUUGUUGAUACAGAUGCUGAUGUGAGACUUGCUCGUAGAAUACGCCGUGACACAGUGGAGAGGGGUAGGGAUAUAAACUCUGUUCUUGAGCAGUAUGCUAAAUUUGUGAAGCCUGCAUUUGAUGAUUUUGUGCUUCCUUCCAAGAAGUAUGCCGACGUGAUCAUACCUCGUGGAGGUGAUAAUCAUGUUGCCAUUGAUUUGAUAGUGCAGCAUAUCCAGACGAAGCUGGGUCUCCAUGACCUCUGUAAAAUAUAUCCAAAUGUGUACGUCAUUCAAUCAACUUUUCAGAUUAGAGGCAUGCAUACAUUGAUUCGAGACCGAGAAAUAUCAAAGCAUGAUUUUGUUUUUUAUUCAGAUCGACUUAUUCGGCUGGUUGUGGAGCAUGGCCUUGGUCAUUUACCAUUCACAGAGAAGCAAGUUGUUACCCCAACUGGGUCAGUUUACACUGGGGUCGACUUCUGCAAAAAAUUAUGUGGAGUCUCUAUUAUUCGAAGCGGAGAAAGCAUGGAGAAUGCAUUGCGUGCGUGUUGCAAAGGAAUUAAAAUUGGAAAAAUUCUAAUUCACCGGGACGGAGACAAUGGAAAGCAGCUUAUAUAUGAGAAGCUUCCCAAGGACAUUUCUGAAAGACAUGUGCUGCUUCUGGACCCUGUUCUUGCUACUGGUAACUCAGCAAACCAAGCAAUAGAUCUACUCAUACAGAAAGGAGUUCCAGAAUCCCACAUCAUAUUCUUGAAUCUAAUCUCUGCUCCUGAAGGCAUCCAUUGCGUCUGCAAAAGGUUCCCAUCUCUCAAGAUAGUGACUUCUGAAAUCGACAUUGCCAUAAACGAUGAGUUCCGAGUCAUACCCGGGCUGGGGGAGUUUGGUGAUCGUUACUUUGGGACGGACGACUAAACGACUAACCAAUCAACCGCCUGGUUUCUGCCUCCGCUACUAUGCCUUCACGUCAGAAUAACACACCGGGAAAGACAGCGAAAGCACACAGGCAUUAGAAGGUUUCAUUGUGCAAAUGUAAGAGUAGAAAAUGAUUGUUCACUCUCGCUCUCAGUCAGUAGUACUCAAUAUUGGGCAGUUGCUUCCGUUGUUACGUAGGCUGCAAGAUACAUAGAACCUACAAUUGGCAGGUCACACAUUUGCCCAGGGUAGGAAUUACCAGAUAAUCCAAAACAUUAUAAAACCGACAAAAUAGU